AUUGAAAGUUGAGGGUGGAUACCUAAGAGAGGAUGCCUGGAUGGAGGUACGAUUGUGUAUUUCUGACAAGUGACUUUGAAAGUGAGAGAGGAGUUAGAACUGGCGCGCUCUGUGAAGCAGUACAGCAAUCGGCUGCAACAUUACUGGGAUAAUUACCAGGACAUCGCUUGGUGCACUCAUGUUAAUGGCAACGAUGUCCUAAAAUGGCCACUGUAUACAUAACUGCCUGACUCACUGUGCAUUCCCACAAAGCUUCUUCUCUGUCACAGAUUUGUGGCGAGGCCUAGAGUGGCACAAAUUUAGAGGCGGCAUGCGGCCCCAUACGGAUCAAUGGGGACCUCUCCCCACUGCUCCACGCAUGCGAGGUCUGGAGGGGCUCGGGCGCCCAGAUAAGAAAUCUGGCGCUGUAUGUCAAGCAUGCACAGAAUGCUCUCUUCUUGAACUACCCUGUAGUGUAGAGCUGAACAGAAAGGAGGGGGCGGGGCUACACCAGGAUCAGACUAAAUGCAGGGAUUAAGUUAUAGUAUUCUUGGGGUUGGAGUAAUUUUAAAGAUAGUGGAGAAAAUAUUUACUUCUUUAAAAAAUGUGGGGAUAACGUUGCAGGGUCGGAUAUGACAGACCAGAGGAAUCAUGGAGCAGGUAGAUUGCAGCAACAGGAACGAAUUGGGGAGCAGGGUACAUGUGAAAUGCUGCACAAUGAAGGAUUCCUGAAGCAGGAUGAUAGGAGUACUUCUGAUUUAGUAUGCUGCAGCCCUGAUCAAUCGUUAACUUCAGCAGGCACAAUGCUUCUGCAUAGAGGAAUCAGAAAAUAGAAUGAAAUAAUAAAAGAGAAAGCAGGGAACAGUAGAGAGGGAGGUGCGGGAGUAAGGAACAAGGUGGAAGUGGGCGGGAGGUAGGCGGAGGGAGCAGGAUAGAGAAAUUGUGCUGCGGGCCAGAAAACAAUUACUUACACGUAGGAGGAUUACUCAGACCUAAACUGGGGGUUGGGCGCGGUAUAAAAUUUUCAAGUGACAAGGAGAUUUUAGGCUGGGGAGGAUUAUGAUGCGCUGACAUUUUACGCAUAAAUGUAAAGUGUUUGUGCUAUGAUCUCGCUUUAUUGGGGGCUAAGAGCACUAUAAACCCUUGACUUCUGUGUUUGCUCGUCAACGUCACUGAUUGUAGACGUCUUCCCAGCGCUGAAAUAUGGAAGAAAUUCUGAGAAAGCUGCAGAAAGAGGCCACUGGGAAUAAAUAUAAAGCCAUCAAGGAUAAGUGCACCGGAUCAAUUGAAAUCCUGGAAACACCUGAAAGUUUGAGUAAGAUUCUUCCAUAUCAGCUGAGGGAGAAAUGUCUUCUACCACUCCAACUUGCUCUGGAGUCGAAGAAUGUUAAGCUGGCCCAACAUGCCUUGGCUGGUAUGCAGAAGAUGCUAGCUGAUGACAGAUUUGUAUCUGUGGAAAAAGACAGAGAUGAGCACCAGCUACUUAACCAGAUGCUGAAUGCGGUUAAAGUAACACCAUCUCUCCAUGAGGAUCUACAAGUUGAAGUUAUGAAGGUAUUACUCUGCAUUACUUAUACAUCCACAUUUGAACUAAAUGGAAUCUCAGUGUUGAAAAUUGCUGAGAUAUGUAUUGAAACCUAUGUUUCGAGUUGUCACAAGCGAAGUAUAAAUACAGCUAUAAGAGCAACUCUAAGUCAAAUGUUGGGUGACUUAACACUACAAUUAUGCCAGAAGCAAGAAUGUCAGAAUGUUGAAAACCAUGAAGCUCUGCUUGAAUUCAGGAGUAAAGAGAUGGGUCCUUCUGUGGAGUUCCUUUGUGAUGACAUUGUAUCUGUGUUCACUGUGCUAUGUGACAAACUUCAAGCUGUCAUAAAUGAGAACCAUCCUCUGCAGCUUCUGUACCUGGAAUGCAUACUUUCAGUGCUGAACAGCUCCUCCCCAGAAAUACAUCAUCAUAAAGGUUUUACUGACCUUAUUUGGAAGCAGCUUUGCCCAGCCCUUGUGGUGAUCCUUGGGAACCCUGUUCAUGACAAGACUGUCACCUCUGCACACAACAAUUUCUGCAUUGAUUCAGACUGUCAGUCCGCUGGUGUGGCUGAUCAAGGUCGUGGAUCAGCCUGUUCAUCUACAGCUCCAGCACUCAGUGGCCCUUCAGCCCGUGCAAUUUAUUACAUUGCAGCUGAACUAGUUCGACUCAUUGGUACAGUUGACUCUAUGAGACCUGUAUUACAGUCCCUAUAUCACCGCAUCCUGCUCUAUGCCCCACCUCAGAAUCGUGUGGAGUCCAUUAAAAUUAUGAAGGAGAUACUUAGCCGUCCUCAGAGACUGUUUGAUUUGGCUGGACCGUGCAGAUUGGAAUCGGAAACAAAGAAAAGGUCGAUUUUAAAAAGGAAGUCACACCUGGACCUUCUAAAGCUGAUCAUGGAUGGAAUGACAGAGGGAUGUUUUAAAGGAGGCAUUGAAGCAUGCUUUGCAUCGGUCUCUUGUGUCUGCACCUUGCUUGGAACUUUAGAGGAUAUAAGUCAAGGUAAAGGUCUUAAAGAAGAUCAGGUUCAGUAUCUGCUUCGUUGUAUAGAAGAGCUAAGAGAUGGUGGAGAGUCAACUAGAGAAUCCAUGGAAAUUAACGAGGCUGAUUUUAGGUGGCAAAGGCAUGUCCUUUCCACAGAACACACACCAUGGGAAUUAGGAACAGAAAAGAGUCCUGAUAUUAGCAUAAGUGUAACCACAGACACUGGACAGACAACAUUAGAAGGAGACCUAGGACAGACUACUCCAGAGGAUAACAUUGAUGGCAAACAGCUGAAGAAUCCAGAUAUAGAAAUUGUGGAUCAGCCUGAUGUUGUUCAAAGAAGCCAUGUAACAGUUUAUCCAGACAUAACUAAUUUUUUGUCCGUUGAAAGUAGAACAAGAUCUUAUGGAUCCAGAUGCAGUGAGAGUAAUUUUAGUGUUGAUGAUCAAGAUCUUUCUAGGACAGAAUUUGACUCUUGUGAUCAGUAUUCUAUUGCUGCAGAAAAAGAUUCCGGUAGGUCAGAUAUAUCUGAUAUUGGAUCUGAUAACUGCUCUCUAGCCGACGAAGAUCAAACUCCCAGAGACUGUCCUGGUCACAGGUCAUUAAGGACUGCUGCUUUGUCAUUAAACUUGUUGAAGGUUCAGGAGGCAGACCAGCACAGUGCAAGGUUUUUUGUACAGUCACUUCUAAAUAUCAUACAACGCCUUCUGACGCUUCAAAGGAUAGAGGAAGUUGACACCACAUUACAGAAUUUUGCAUCAACAUUUUAUUCAAGUUUGCAAGCAGGGGCACAACGUUCACCAGGCUUUGAAAACCACAGCAACAUAGGUUUCCAGACACUGCUAAAUGCUGAUGGUCUGUAUACUAUAUCCUAUUAUGCACUGCUGCUGAAUCUCAAGCUGUUGAACAGUGAUUACUACAGGAAGAAAUCUGCUUUGCCAUGUGUUACUAUGAAGGAAUUUAUGAAGCAACUGCAGUCUACUGGUAUGUUCGUGUUCCCCCAGGCCUGGGUGGAGGAGGUCUAUCACCAGGUUCUGGAACGAAACUUACUUGGAGAAUCGGGAUACUGGAGCAGUCCUGAAGGACACUGUGUUCCCCUUAUUACAAUGCUUCUAAAUAUUGAUGGUUUGGGAAGAAGCACAAUUGGUGGGCAACUACUAGCAUCUGCAUCUACACAAUCAACCCUUCCUUCUGAAAGGAACUUGGACCCUGCAGUAAUAGCAGGUGUGGCCUUUGCAAGGUACAUUCUCAUUGGAUGUUGGAAAAACAUAAUUGAUACAUUGUCUGCUCCCCUCACUGGAAGGAUGGCAGGAAGCUCCAAAGGGCUGAUAUUUAUUUUGGGUACAGAAGGAGUAAAAGAGCAAAAUCUGAAGGAGAGAGACUCUAUUUGCAUGAGCCUGGAUGGUCUCAGAAAGGCUGCCCGUCUCAGCUGUGCUCUAGGUGUGGCUGCAAACUGUGCAUCUGCUCUUGCUCAGAUGGCUGCUGCCUCUUGUGUGAAGGAGGUGAAAGAUGAGAAAGAAAACCUUAAGAACAGUGAUGCUAUAACUCAAGUAAAACAGAAAGUGGAACAAAAAUUGGAACAGAUGGGAAAGCAAGGGUGUUACCGCCUGCACCCUGCACAUGUUCUCUGCAUGGAUUCAAUUCUAAAAGUCGGCCUUGAGAUGGGAAGCCACAACCAAGACUGUUGGCCUCAUGUUUUCAGGGUUUGUGAGUAUAUCUGCACCUUGGAGCACACACAUUUCAGUGAUGGCAUGUCCCAGCCUUCUUUAACUAUAACACAGUCCCAGCAACUCCCUUCUGACUGCCAGGAGCAUGCUACAGACUGUUUUCAAGAUUAUUCUUCUGAGCAAGAGGGCUCACUGAGCAAAAGCCCCAUCUUACAACCAGUUCCCAUCCAAGAACUCAUCAAGGAAGGGGCCAAGGGUGGAACAAGCCUGAUGAGUGGAAGCAAUGCUGCCAAAGCUGUUUGUACGCUGUCCACCGAAGCAGACAAGCUUUUUGAAGGUGCAGCUGACCAGCUUAACUUGAUGGCACUAAAUGGGUUUCUUUACCAGCUGAAGAAGGCAUCCCAAGCUCAGCUUUUCCAUUUAGUCACUAACACAGUUCAUUAUUCUCUAGCUAUGCCAGGGGAGGUUAAAUCCACUCAGGACAGGAGAAGUGCUCUCCAUCUCUUCCGCCUUGGUGAUGUAAUGCUGCGCAUUAUCCGAAGCAAAUCUCGCCCACUUCUUCAUAUCAUACACUGCUGGAGUUUAGUGGCACCCCAUUUUGUAGAGGCAGCUUGUCAUAAAGAAAGGCAUGUUUCUCAGAAGGCGGUUUCAUUUAUACAUGACAUAAUAACUGAGGUCCUAAGCAACUGGGAUGAACCCCCACACUUUUAUUUUAAUGAAACCUUGUUUCGGCCUUUUGAGCGGAUAAUGCAGUUGGAGCUCUGUGAUGAAGAUGUGCAGGAUCAGGUAAUAACAUCAAUAGGAGAACUGGUGGAGAUGUGCUCUGGUCAGAUCCAGUCAGGGUGGAGACCACUGUUCAGUUCACUGGAAACUGUGCAUUGCAACAAGUCUGAUAUUAAGGAGUAUCUUGUUGGAAAUUACACCAUGGGGAAACGGCAGGCUCCAGUGUUUGAUGUCUUUGAAGCUUUUCUGAACACAGGCAACAUUCAAGUCUUCGCCAAUGCAGCAACUGAUUAUAUUAUGUGCCUUAUGAAGUUUGUUAAAGGAUUAGGUGAAGUUGAAUGUAAAGAAAGUGGGGACUGCAUUUCUGGUUCUGUCACAUCAUCCACUGAUCUGUGUCUGCCAGCUUUGGAUUAUCUCCGAAGAUGUUCACAGUUGCUGGCUAAAAUAUACAAGAUGCCAGUGAAGCCAAUAUUUUUGAGUGGGCGUCAAGCAAACCUGCAUCGCCGGGCACAGGAACGGUCAGAAAGCAGUGAUGAUGGUAUUGAGGCACUACUAUCAGAGUUUGAUGAUGACACAGGUCUUAUUGAAGUUUGGAUAAUCCUUUUAGAGCAGCUGACUGCUUCUAUAUCAAACUGCCCACGCCAGCACCAGCCACCUACACUUGAUUUACUUUUUGAGCUGCUAAGAGGAGUUGCUAAAGUGCCAGGCCCAGGAUUUGCCAUAUAUGCUGUAGUGCAUCUUCUUUUGCCGGUUAUGUCAGUUUGGUUGAGCCGAAGCCAUGGUGAUCACUGCUACUGGGAUGCUGCGUCUUCAAACUUUAAACAUGCAAUUGGCUUGACUUGUGAAUUAGUGGUUGAACAUAUUCAAAGCUUAAUUAAUUCAGAUAUUGGUUAUGAGAGCAUGAUAAACACUAUGAUAAAAGAGCUCUUCAAGUUACUUGUUACUUGUGUCGCAGAACCUACAGAGACAAUCUCCAGAGUUGGUUGUUCCUGCAUCAGAUAUGUUUUGGUUACAGCAGGACCAGUUUUUACAGAGGAGAUGUGGAGGCUGGCUUGCUGUGCUCUGCAAGAUGCGUUUUCUGCUACACUGGAACCAAUUAAGAAUCUAUUGGGCUAUUUCCACAGUGGCUCAGAGAGCUUUUCUGGAGAUGCAUGUGAAGUGAAAGUGGCAGCACCUUCUUUGUCACCCAAUGCAGAGGCAGAAUACUGGCGAAUUCGGGCCAUGACACAGCAGGUGUUUAUGCUGGAUGCACAGUGCUCCCCAAAGACUCCAAACAACAAGGAAGGCUUUGAGCAUGCCCAGUCAUGUGUUCUUCUUAUUGAGUUGCCUCCUGAUGAGAGACCUAAUGGUCGCACCCAAAAAAGUAUUCCAUUUCGGACAAUUGUAGUGAGUUUACUUUCACACCAAGUUCUCUUGCAAAAUUUGUAUGACAUUUUACUGGAUGAAUUUGUAAAAGGCCUUUCAAAUAUUGAAGACAAAACCAUUUCAGUGACAGAAGGCAAAAGUGUGGGCUUUCUCAGAUAUAUCUCAAUGCAAAAUCUGGCAGUUAUUUUUGACCUACUACUGGACUCUUAUAGAACAGCAAGGGAGUUUGAUGCACGACCUGGUUUAAAGUGCCUCCUUAUGAAGGUUUCUGGUAUUGGAGGGUCAGCUAAUUUAUAUCGCCAGUCAGCAAUGAGCUUUAAGAUUUAUUUCCACUCACUGAUCUCUGCCCUGCUGACAAACCAGGACACCAUUAAUGCAGAACUUGUGAAAAAGAUUAUUUUUGAAGAUGAUGAACAUAGCACAGACUCCUCACAACAGUGCUCCUCUGAAGAUGAAGAUAUUUUUGAGGAAACUGCUCAAGUUAGCCCCCCUCGAGGAAAAGAAAAGAGACAGUGGAGGACAAGAAUUCCAUCCCAGAGUGUUCAGCCACUCAGCAAUGCUGAUUGGGCAUGGUUAGUAAGAAGACUUUAUAAGCUGUGCAUGGACAUUUGUAAUAAUUAUAUUCAAAUGCAUCUGGACCUGGAAAAUGAUGAUGCUCCAGGAAUUAAAGGAGAUCCUUUUUUCAUACUGCCUUCAAUUCAGUCAGAAACUUCAACGCCAUCAACAUGUCUGUCAGGAAGAAACACACCUUCAGAGGAUGAACGUAACAGCAUUAAGGAUCACCAAAUAGAAAAUGUUUUACUGAAAGGAUUUGGGUCGGGAGCAGGCCCAUGCAGUCCCAAUGCAGAAAAAAGAGGACAAAGUAAGAAAAAAGAAUGGUGGGAGAGUGCUGGAAACAAAAUCUAUACCAUAGCCACUGACAAAACAAUAGCCAAACUGAUGACUGAGUAUAAGAAGAGAAAACAGCAACACAACCCAACUUCAUUUGUAAAAGACACAAAAGUUGAUAAGAAGGGUGAAACAUUAUCUCCCAGAAAUCAGGAUUCAGUUAUGCUUCAAAGACCACAGAAUCUUGUGGACCAAACCCAGAUGAGACAUUCUUUUAGUGCUGGUCCAGAAAUUCUGCGCCAAGAGAAACGUUCUCAUUCAGGAUCCACAGUCAGUACAUUCAACAUUUCAACAAGAGAUGCUGAGGCACAAAUACAGGCUUGGACCAACAUGAUAUUGACCAUGCUCAAUCAAAUACAGAUUCUGCCAGACCAGAUGUUCACCACGCUUCAACCUGCAGUAUUUCCCUGCAUCAGUCAGCUUACAUGCCAUGUGAAUGAUAUUUGUGUGCGCCAGGCAGUCAGGGAAUGGCUUGGAAGAGUUGGCAGAAUUUACAAUAUUAUUUUAUAAAAAAAAAAAGUUAUAUAUAUACAGUAUAUAUAAAGAUACAAUAAUUUACAAAUCUUCUUCAUUUCCAAAUCUAUUAUUUCCAAAUAAAAUUUAGAUUUAAGGGUUUACUACAUUCUUUCUAUAGGUAUUCACUCUUUUUUUAAGUAAUUUUUUUUUCAUUUUUUCCAUUUUUAUGCAAUAUUCAGUAAUGCGUAUUGGUCCAUAAGAAAUAGUGGUGUUGCAUCUGUGGCUUGACACAAAGGUGCUUCUAAAAUAUUAACAUUGCUAGUCUGAAUUUGCGAGUAUAUCACAAUAAAAACAACACAAAGGAAUAAAGGGAGUGUUUUCCCUUGUUGAAAUCUCUAUACAUAUAUAUUUUUUUUUUUUUUUGUAUUUUAUUUUUGCUGAAAAACAAGACAAUCACAUGACUUAAACUGAAGUGAAAGAAGGAAUACUUAGCUUACACUAAAAAAAUUAUGCAUUUGCUUUGUGCAUACAGGCAUUUUUAUGUGUACAGCUACUCUUUCACUCUCUCUCCUGUUCAAGUGGAGCAGCCAGCAAUUAAACAUAAAGUCAAAGUUGCUUGUAUGGAAAAGUGGUGGUUAGCCAUUUUGUCCCUGAAAUUAGUACAAUUGUUUCCAAAGUCCACAUGGGUACUUAAAGUAAAUUACAAAUUUUGAAGCAUAAUUCACUCAAAUUAUAUAUAUAUAUAUAUAUAUAUAUAGAGAGAGAGAGUGUGGGUGAUUGAAUGAGGAUGUCAGUAGUCAGCCAGGUUUGUGGUUGUUUGUGGAUCUGUUUUUACUAAAAUGUUCCUAAAGUUGUGCCCCUGUUUGUAUACUGUCCUAUGGGGGGUUUCUCUAAAGAUGGCUGGCACUAUCAAUGUUUUAUCCAUAAAUCUCCACCUUGGUGUUGGAUAUAUGAUAUAGGUGGCCAGAUAUAUGAGUUUAUCUUUGUAGUCACCAGAUUUCUUUGUUAUAUCCCUGUGCAUUAGGGUCUCCUGGGAAAAUGUUAAGAUGCCCACAGCUCAUGUACUGGAUAACCUCUUUGUGAAAAACAUACAAAAUAAGAUUGUCCAAUUGGGUAUGUAGUUGUUGAUUUUCAGAGUUAUUAUGAACAUCUAUCAAUACAGAAUGCUGUUAAAUAAGUGUGGGUGGUGGCAAGAUUGUCGGUGCUAUGAAGUGUUUCCUGUCUGGUUGGUUUCCAGUAUAUAGUGUUCUCUAUUUUAUCUGUAUGAAUAGAGAGCUAGAGAUUCAAGAAUGGAAUACUGGUGUCAUUGGUCACAUUAAACAGCCUUGUCUCACUCAUGGUCAUAUGACUCGUCUUUGUAUGACUUCAUAUGGCAUCAUUUCUUCACCUUCCUGUCACUGGUGCGCCCCGGGCGUUGUAUGUCAAUUUGAUUAGUGGGAGUGUCCCAUUUAUUAAUUCUAUCCAUUGUUGAAUUGUGGGAGGAAUGGGGCUCAUCCACUUCAUUAUUAUUACCUUUUUUGCAUAAAACACAAGGAAGCGCAUAAUACUCCAGAUUUUUGGAGGGGUACUAAUUUGUCUGUUCCCCUAAUUUGUCUGUUUCCCUACAUAGUGGGUGACUUCUGUCCAGUAUGUUAAUACCUUAGGACAGUCCCAGAUCAAGUGGAGUAAACCUACUUCUACCAUAUUACAUUUCACACAUUUGGAUCUUUCUAAUUUCCACAUGGCCUUGAGUUUCAGAGGGGUAAUGUAUAUUUGGUGAAUUAUCUUAAAUUGGAUCAUUCUAUCUCUGAGUGAUAUUAAGAAGUUGUAUAAGUUAUCAGUUGUUUUGUCCCAUUGAUCCUCAUCUAGGAAUGCAACAUUUACCAGCCAUUUACGUUUUGCCUUAUCAAAUGGAACUGAGUGUGAGGUCUGGAUUAUACUAUACAGUUGGGAAACUAGUUUGGUGGGGUCUAAAGCCAUAGCUAAAGUCUAGCUUCCCAUGACAGUAGUGUGGGUGAAAGUUGGUAGGUCCCAAACUGGGAGUGAAUGGCAUGUCUCAGUUGAAGAUAACGGAAAAACUAUAUAUUUGGUCCGUUAAGUUUGGCUUUGAAUUGUUCUAUUGAUACAAAACAAUUUUCAAUCUAUAGAUCAUCUAGGUGUCUGAUUCUUAACUGGCCAAUAUUGGAAGUCGACUAAGCGUCUCAUAUGUGGCAGGUUUGAGUUUCUCCAUAGAGGCACUUUACCUGAUAGUUGAGAGAGAGGGCUGCGGACCUUGGCUUGUAACUUUAGCCAAGCUAAAGUACCUUGGGCAAGGGGGGAAGGUCAGCCUGCCGUCUGUAUGGCAAGUUGCGUAUGGCCUCUAGAGAAUCCAUGAUUGCCGCAUUCAGUGCAGUCAAUGAGUUGUUGCGAUCAGGAUUAAACCAAUUAUGUAUAUAGGGUAGUUGGGAUGCAAAAUAGAAAUUUUGUAAGUGAGGUAGAGCAAGCCCCCCUUUUUCUUUUGAAGCAGUGAGUGUGAGCCAUGAUAUUCUUGGGGCUUUGUUGGCCCAAAUGAAAGAAAUUAAUUCACUGUUUAGUUUUUGGUUAUAUACAACUGUGAGUUCCACAAUGGGUAUAAAAAUUUGGGCAAAUAUAGCAUUUUUAAGAGGUUGAUUCUACCCCAUAGUGUUAACGGUAGUUUGUUCCAAUGAGGAGUUACAGAUUUGAAUUUUGCUAGGAUGGGCUCAAGAUUCUUGUUGAUAUACAGUGAUGGGUCUGUUGUGACUAUAAUGCCAAGGUAGCAGAAUCUGGAUACUAGAGUAAGUGUGGGAGGGUUAUCUCCUGCAGUUGAACUCCCCAGUGGAAAAAGUAUGGAUUUAGCUUUAUUUAUCCAUAGGCCACUUAGCCUCCCAAAUUUCUCCAGUAUCUUUAGUAUGGUUUGUAGUGAGAGAUUAAUGUCUGUUAGGAAGACUAAUGCGUCAUCUGCAUACAGUGACAGUUUCUCCUCUAGAUUGCCAAUCUUAAUUCCUUUGACCAUGGGAGUUUGCCUUAUUUUUGCUGCCAGAGGUUCAAUGGCCAGCAAAUAUGAGAGGUGACAAGGGGCAUCCCUGUCUGGUACCUCUUUUUAACUCAAACACUUCAGUGUGUUAUUGACCCUGACUUGCACUACAGGCUUCUUAUAUAGCAGUUUGACCCAUGAGAUAAACCUGGGGCUGCAUCCUAGUUUCUCCAACACCUGCCACAGAUAUUGCCAAUUGACAGAAUCGAACGACUUGGUUAUGUCUAGUGAGGCUACUGCCCCAGCAGUUUGACAUUGAUGUGCCAGUUGAAUGUGUGUAUAGAAGUAGAGAUUGAUAGAAGUGGUCUUAUGUGGUAUAAAGCCU